GUGAUUUACUCUGUCACUCACACGGUCACUCUCUGGCCCAUGGACGACAAGGACCCGACCCUCGUAACGACGCCGUAUCAAGGAAAAAGUAGUAACAGGCCUCCCCGGUGCACAUUAGCCGAGACCGGUCCUCGCUCCCACUGCCGGCCUUUUGUUUCACAUUUAUCGCAAACUGCAAAAUUCGCUUUUGAAUGAAGCUCCAAAUUCCAAAUUCCAAAAGUUGAAUUCUUCAGGUGGCUGUGCAGAAAUUGAAAGGGAGAGAGGGAAAUUGACUGAGGUUUUGACUAAUUUGACCCCAUUGAUUGGUGGAUCAAGUGUCCAUGACAUGAGUACGUUGCCUGGAAUUUUGGGCUGGUGCUCCGGUUUACGGAAGUGACCAUUCUUGUAGAAAUAGUUCCUUAUUUAUACUGUUAGGUCUUCAUUUGGUUGAGCUAAAGUGACUGGCGACAUGGGAGUGUCUGGAAAAUGGAUUAAGGCAUUAUUAAAGAAAUCAGAAAAGUCUCAGUCUUCUGAAAAAGAUGACAACAAAACAGCUGGUUACAGGUUUCGGCACAGGAGGAAGAAUUCCAUUGAGUUUGAUGCAAAUAGACUUAAAUGUGAGUUUGAUGCAGAUGUUGCUCCGCCAGUUGGAGAUGCCAGUACUCAACUAAACACAGAUGCUGUGGAUUCUUCAUCUGGUUCACUUCAAAUACACAAUGCACAAAGUGAGCAGAAUGUGAGAGAAGAAUGGGCUGCCACACGCAUUCAAACAACCUUUCGUGGCUUUCUGGCUAGAAGAGCUCUUCGAGCUUUAAAAGGAUUGGUGAGACUUCAAGCCCUUGUCAGAGGCCAUGCUGUGAGAAAACAAGCUGCAAUAACUCUUCGCUGUAUGCAAGCUUUAGUUAGAGUUCAGGCUCGAGUGCGAGCAAGGCAUGUUCGCCUGGCAUUAGAAGGUCAAACGGUUCAACAAAGACUUCAGCAACAACUUGCAAAUGAGGUUCGGGUUCGAGAAAUAGAAGAAGGGUGGUGUGACAGUGUAGGAUCUGUUCAAGAAAUUCAAGCCAAGUUGUUGAAGAGGCAGGAGGCUGCAGCUAAGCGUGAGAGAGCUAUGGCAUAUGCUCUUGCUCAUCAGUGGCAAGCUGGAUCAAGACAGCUGCUAGCUCCCUCGGGGUUCGAACCAGAUAAAAGCAGCUGGGGUUGGAACUGGUUAGAAAGAUGGAUGGCUGUCCGUCCCUGGGAGAACCGCUUUCUAGAUAUUAAUCUCAGGGAUGGAGUUAUGGUACAUGAGAAUGAAUCAGCUGAAGAUAAGAACGGCAGUAUAACCCAGUUAAAAUCUGCUGGCAAGAAUUCAAAUAUUCAAUCAAAUCUUUCAAUUCAAAAAGCAGGUCCCUUUCAUUCUGAUGGCUGUGAUUCUUCACCUAGUAAGUCAUCUGGAAUGCUUGAGGCAUCCAAUACUACCCAACUUGGAAAGCAAAAGUCGAAGCCAUAUUUGGAUGAUGCAGCUGAACAAGGAAACUCCAAACCUGCUAUUACUUCAAGAUCCCAUAGUAAUCCAAAAGAGAGAUCCACUGAGUCAGAUAAACAGGCAAAGAAGCGGCUGUCUUUGCCUAAUAGCGGGGGAAGCAAUGGAUCCCAAACUUCCAGACAUCCUAUAAGAUCUAAUGUCAAAGGGACGCCCAGUUCUCAGAAGCCCAUCAAAGCUAGAUCCAAACCCAGUGGAAGAGGGGAUUCAAACCCUACAAAAUCAGUCUCGCAAGCCGUUGAUGCAUAACUUAAAAUGUUCCGUGGAAAAUAACAUUCUUGAUAUUUCCCGCUGCGGUGCUUGCUGUUAUAAAUCUGUACAUAUUGAGCUGCAUUGGGAGGCUGCUACUGCUUUGUUCGUUACUGUCAUACCAUUUUAAAGCAGUUUCAGCGCAGCAGUGUCAAGAACGGAACAAUUGGUGGAAGCAAUGAGACUAGUAGGAUCAUUGUGUGAUUGUUGUAAUCAAGUUUGAUUAGUGUUGUUAAGUAUGCUAGCAUGUGUUUACUAUUUCAAUGUACAAUUUUUGUAGUUGCCUUUGAUGUUACUGUCAUUGGCUCGGGUCGUCAGAAGAUCUGCAAAUGUUUGGUAGCUGAUGGUACGACCUGGGAACUGGUUCACCUAAACUCGGGCGGAUGUCAUGUAUACCGGUUUAUGAAGUAUUUUUACGUGAAUGUUGAUUGUUGAA